UUUGAGUAUGUGAAGGCAUGACACAUCAGAGAGCGUUUGAGAGCUGGAUUUCACCGCCUUUUGUUAACCUUUACAUUAUGACACCUUUGCAUGGUCUGGCUGUGGCUCUCCUUGCAUUUACUGGAGGGUGGAUCCUGUGUAGAGCUGAUGUUGGGGAUUUCACUCCAUGUCUGCAGUUCUUCUAUAACUCUUGGCCCCCCAAAGGCCUGGCAGGAACCCCAGUCUGCCAGCGUUUUUGUAACCAGUACCAUUUUGCCACACUAUACAAUCGCCAGCGUCGUUCCCCUUGGUUCUCAGCCUACUUAUACAGCGUACCAACUGGGAAGAGGCCAAAAGCUUCUUGGAAGUUUGAACCCCAGUUAGCCUACCCAGCGGCUGAUGGCAACAUGAUACCUUUCCCUCCGGGCCCUGUGGACCAGAAUGUGGUGGAGAGCCAGGCAGUGGAGCUGGACUACAUUAACUCUACCUAUACCCGUGGCCACCUCAACCCAAGCCUGCACCACCAGAGUCACGAGGAUCGCGCUUCCACAUUCACCUUGACCAAUGUAGUUCCUCAGAAGGCAGGGUCUAAUGACGGGCCCUGGGAGGUUUUGGAGCAGACUAUUAACGAAACCCUGGCAGCUUACUGCCUUGGAGAGGCCUACAUAGUGACUGGGAUCAUCCCUUACCAGCAAGAUGAGCCCUGGCUCCACAAUCGUGUGGCAGUUCCUGAAUAUCUUUGGUCAGCCUACUGCUGCCCAAAUUACAACAACAGUCUUCCACAAGAGCUGCAGGAGGCCUUUCCUACGUACGCUGCCAUCGGCCGCAACGACCGCAACAGCACUGAGGAGAUUGUGCCUGUUGAUAAGACAGCUAAGAAAGAGUUCAUGGGAUAUGAUGUGAGGCAGAUGCCACUUGCAACACUUGAGAUGUAUCUGAAGGACAGGUUUGGGACUCUUGUCAGUGUUUUUUAUGAACAGUGCACCGGAUCAGUGUGAUCAUACACUAGUGCAGACACAGCAAAAUAUAGAUUUGUUACCAGGUUGCUGCCCAAUUGUUUUUCCAAAUGGAUAUUAAUUUUAUCUCAUUCAAAUCACACAUUGUGCUCCUUCAGUUUGUACGUGUCCAUGAUCCAAAGUAGAACUAAAACAGACUUGAAGACUCUUUUAGUAUGGGGGAAGACAUUAAUUUAGUAAAAUUCAUGAUGAUUAGUAAAGAUGUGUACAUAUCAAGCAGCCUGAAAAUCUAUAUUUUUAGACCAUAUGUGUAAUGGUAUUUCUUUGUUUGAUAAGCCUAUAUAUGUAUUGUUUGUCCUAGUGUUGGAACUAAAACUACUAAUUUUGCAGCCAUGCUUGCAUUAAAUUCUUUGUACCACUAGGUGAUGCCCUUGUGCAGCACAUUUAGCAUUUGAUAGUAACAGCCAGUUGACGGUUGUUCUCAGGUCAGCCUCUGCUGACUUUAAACUGCACCUAAGAGGAUUUUGGUAUCAAGUUUUUCAAGUUCUGGUGGAUGAGUUCUGAUUGAAAGAAAUGUUAGAAUGAUGUCUUGA